AGUCGGAACCCGCGCAGAGCGCCGCGGAGGAGCAGGAGCAAGCGCAGCCUCGUUCCUGCAACCUCGUCCCCGCCGCCCGCAGACUUGUCUCCACUGCCGCUGCCGCCGCCGCCCCCGGGGCAUGGCCUGUCUGAUGGCCGCUUUCUCGGUCGGCACCGCCAUGAAUGCCAGCAGCUACUCUGCCGCAAUGACGGAGCCCAAGUCCGUGUGCGUGUCAGUGGACGAGGUCGUGUCCAGCAACGUGGAUGAGGUUGAGACAGACCUGCUCAAUGGGCACCUGAAGAAGGUGGACAACAACUUCACAGAGGCCCAGCGCUUUUCCUCCCUUCCGCGGAGGGCGGCCGUGAACAUCGAAUUCAAGGACCUUUCCUACUCUGUACCCGAGGGGCCCUGGUGGAAGAAGAAAGGAUACAAGACCCUUUUGAAAGGGAUCUCUGGGAAAUUCAACAGUGGAGAGCUGGUGGCCAUCAUGGGUCCUUCUGGAGCUGGGAAGUCCACACUCAUGAAUAUUCUGGCAGGAUACAGGGAGACUGGCAUGAAAGGGGCAGUCCUUAUCAAUGGAAUGCCCCGGGACCUGCGCUGCUUCCGGAAGGUCUCCUGCUACAUCAUGCAGGACGACAUGCUGCUGCCUCACCUCACUGUUCAGGAGGCCAUGAUGGUGUCCGCGCAUCUGAAGCUGCAGGAGAAGGAUGAAGGCAGACGAGAGAUGGUCAAAGAGAUCCUGACAGCCCUGGGCUUGCUGCCCUGUGCCAACACACGCACGGGGAGCCUCUCAGGCGGCCAGCGGAAACGCCUGGCCAUUGCCCUGGAGCUGGUCAACAACCCGCCUGUCAUGUUCUUUGAUGAGCCCACCAGUGGCCUGGACAGCGCCUCCUGCUUCCAAGUGGUGUCUCUGAUGAAAGGACUGGCCCAGGGUGGCCGCUCCAUCGUCUGUACCAUCCACCAGCCCAGUGCCAAGCUCUUUGAGCUCUUUGACCAGCUUUAUGUCCUAAGUCAAGGACAAUGCGUAUACAGGGGAAAGGUCUCCAAUCUCGUGCCGUAUCUGAGGGAUCUGGGUCUGAACUGCCCUACCUACCACAACCCAGCAGACUUUGUCAUGGAAGUGGCAUCAGGGGAGUACGGGGAUCAGAACAGUCGCCUGGUGAGAGCCGUGCGAGAGGGCAUGUGUGACGCUGACUAUAAGAGAGACCUCGGGGGCGACACCGAUGUGAACCCGUUUCUUUGGCACCGGCCUGCUGAAGAGGACUCCGCCUCCAUGGAAGGUUGCCAUAGCUUCUCGGCCAGCUGCCUCACCCAGUUCUGCAUCCUCUUCAAGAGGACCUUCCUCAGCAUCAUGCGGGACUCGGUCCUGACACAUCUGCGAAUCACCUCGCACAUUGGGAUCGGCCUGCUCAUUGGCCUGCUGUACCUGGGGAUUGGGAACGAAGCCAAGAAGGUCCUGAGCAACUCCGGCUUCCUGUUCUUCUCCAUGCUGUUCCUCAUGUUUGCUGCCCUCAUGCCCACCGUUCUGACCUUUCCCCUGGAGAUGAGUGUUUUCCUCCGGGAGCACCUGAACUACUGGUACAGCCUGAAGGCCUACUACCUGGCAAAGACCAUGGCCGAUGUCCCCUUUCAGAUCAUGUUCCCUGUGGCCUACUGCAGUAUCGUAUACUGGAUGACGUCCCAGCCGUCGGACGCUGUGCGUUUUGUGCUGUUCGCUGCUCUGGGUACCAUGACAUCGCUGGUGGCCCAGUCCUUAGGCCUACUGAUUGGAGCUGCAUCCACAUCCCUGCAGGUUGCGACAUUUGUGGGUCCCGUGACAGCCAUCCCCGUCCUGCUCUUCUCCGGAUUCUUUGUCAGCUUUGACACCAUCCCAGCCUACCUGCAGUGGAUGUCCUACAUCUCCUAUGUCAGAUACGGCUUUGAGGGGGUCAUCCUGUCCAUCUACGGCUUGGACCGAGAAGACCUGCACUGCGACAUCGCGGAGACAUGCCACUUCCAGAAGUCAGAGGCCAUCCUGCGGGAGCUGGACGUGGAGAAUGCGAAGCUGUACCUGGAUUUCAUCGUCCUGGGCAUCUUCUUCAUCUCCCUGCGGCUCAUCGCCUAUUUCGUCCUCAGAUACAAAAUCCGGGCUGAGAGGUAAAAACCGCCUCCAAGCCAGCAACGAGGCAAAGCAGACAUUGUGACCAAGGGCACUGCUGGGAGGUAGCAGCGCACCUGCUCCUGGUGACACAGACUCUCCCAACCCAACCUGGAGGCCACGCAAGUCUGACGAUGACCAGUGUUGAGCGCCUCUGCCCGCCGGGUUGAAACUGUUCGUUUCCUUUUCUAACUAGGAAGAUGUAGGACGGUUGGGUUUUUUUUUUCUUUUUUUUUUUUUUUUUUUUUAGAUGUGGGAUUCAAAAUACAACUGGCAUAGAAUGCCAUCCUGUGCUCCAGCUGGGGACAGUGGCUUCCUCCCGGAGUCCAGGACACACUGGCCCCGGAUGAGGAGUGUUAGCCGAGUUGGUCCCCAGAGAGGUGGAUAUCUUGGGGAGAAGGUCCACACCUAGCGGGCGCAGAGGCCACCUGAGGACCAUCUUCUCUUAAGGUCUCAGCCUUCUAAAGUUCCUCUCAUUUCUGAUGAAGUCACUUUCCGAGCCAAAGUCGAUAAAUUUCAUUCACUUCGAGAGAUUGUAUCUUUUUAGUACUUCUUGAGGGACUUAUUCAGGGUAAAAGAUGUGUUUUGCUUAGAAACAGAAGAGUCCAACCGAGUCACCAAGGAGGCCUCACAAAUAAAACCAGAGAAGGUCAAAUGCAGGCUCCGGGUGAGGGAGACACCACACCAGCUGCGCUGGGGCAGCAGGGACUAACGCAACGCAAUGCAACGCAAUGCAGACAGUGCUGGGGUACUUGGCAGGCUCCUCCCAGACUUCCUUUCUCAUGUGCUUCUUAGCUUAAAACUCUUCCUAGUUUUCCAGCCACUUUCAUUUUGCCCAAGAAAUACUCGAUCCACCUUGUGGAUGUUUAAAGACCCAUUUCCCCUUUCUUCAUGAAUCACAUUAACUACCUCCACCGAGCCUGGGAAGCCGGCCUGGGGACAUAUCGGGUGUAUCCCUCCAACUUGAGGGGAGCCGUGGGGUGUCAAGGAUGGGCAGGCCGGCUGAGUGGAAGGGGAGGUGCCAUGGAUGUCCCCGUUAAGAAAAUGCAGCUGCUCGCCUCUUCCAGAGCACCACCAUCUAAGGUCAGCCUCCUACAAAAGUCUCUAUUUUUGAGGGUAGGUCAGUUUAACCCCUGUGAGCCUCAGUUUCCCCACCUGUAAGUAAUUGCACUAGAUCAUGUCUUGACAGGUCCUGAGAUUCCUCGGCUGUGGCCUUGAUGCUUUCGUAUCUUAUCUGUAGAGAAUGAUAAGGGUCCGAAUUUUACUUACCGCAUGGAUAAUGUGCUUUGGAACUCUUUAGAGAUUCUUUUUAUUUUUUACACUCCUAGAUCUUUUUUAUAGAGAACACACAAUUGAAAUGCAUAUUAUGAUGUAAUUUUCGGUUUGCUUGUUCUAUACAAACACGGCCUUGCCUUCUAGACUCAGCUUUUAACCAGGGACACGAUUCGCCUUUAUAAAAAAAAAAAGUCUUCAUUAAAAAAGAAAACACCAAAAAGGUCUUCAUUUAAUUUCAAGAUAAUUAGGCAUGGCGUCCAGAGAGGAACUGGCUGCUAUUAGCUGUGAAGUCUGAGCUGAAAAGAAUGGGUGUUGGGUGGACAAACCUCAGUCCGGCACUUGAUGGGGUUGGUGCCAAAGAACCCAUUCCAUCCAUGUCCGCACGCAUGUCUUGACAUGGUGGGUCAUGCCCGGCAGGCUCUGUCUCCUCGGAGAGCUGUGUGCUGUCAGUCACAGGCAGGGUGGUCCAUGUUUCACUCUGGAAGGGUUCCUCAGCCUCUGGAGGGAUUCUUUCCUGUCCAGGUUUCUCCUAGACCCUGAGACCUGCUUGUCACUCACCCUAUGUAAGUGAGAGUGCCGUGGGAUCCUUCCACGGGGCGGAGUCUGAGCUCAGGAUACAAGAGCUGCCAGGCUGGUGCAGGACAGGGUAUCCUGGGAAGUUGAUAAAGGAUGUUGACCAGAACAGGCGAGGGGUCAGAGGUCACCCAGCAUUGCUCAAGCUCUGCAGACUCGAGGAAGGCUGACAGCCAUCCUAGGGGACUCUGCACCCUUGUCCCUUAUCCACUGUCCAUAGGGGCCAUGGUGUGUGGUUCUACCUUUCCCCAUACAUAGCCCGAAUCCCAGAGAUGCUGCCUGGAUUUCUAGACCAUUCCCUUUUCUUCUUCUUCUUCCCAUUGGUCUUAGUCAUGGUAGGAGAUACCGGGAAGUGUGCGCCUACCUGCCACGGACGUUAAAGUCAGACUUCCCUUGCAGUUGGGUUCCCUAGAAGGUGAGUUCCUUCAGUUGAAAGGAAGGAUUGCAUUGGGUUUAAGGCUACACCACCUCCUCCUGUUGGCUGAUAAAAUAAAAGUCCUCACGUAAAAAACAACAGCCCAAGGACAGAAUUUACAGGGCUUUGUCAGAGAGAGGCCUGUGGGGCCGUGUCAGAUUGAGGCUCAGAAAAGGCUGAGCAUAAGGGUGGGGCUGCUAGCCUCUGUCUACCCCUUUCUUUGUCCACCCCCCACCCCCACCCCCACCCCAGUCUCUCCUGCCUCCUCUUCUACCCUUUGUCCAGAGAGAGUUAAACUCUCUGGUGUUACUUCUAGGGAGUAGGGGAUGAAUCAGCGAAUGUUGCACACAGUAGGGGCAAGAAUCUUUCUUCUUCACCUGGAGGUGGAGAGAGGCACCCAUUAGAACCAGAAAAUGGAACAUGAAGCUUAGAAUUUCUGAGAAACCCAAACCCAAGGCAGGGGGCAGACAAUAUCUGCAAAGCAGAAAAUACCCAAGUGUGCCCCUGACAACAGAAAAACAGACUGAAGGCAAACACCUUCCCUUGGGAAGUGUCUGGGCACAGUGCAAUCCCUUCUGGCUUCUCCAUCUAGUAGUCACCCAUCAAACCUUCAUUGAUCUGAUUUUCCCCCUGUUCCAGGCCCCGAGGCCAGGGAAGACACCUUCCUUUUGGGCUUACUUUCAUGGGCAGCUACUCUCUCUUUCUCUAGGUAGCAUUGGGGCGGGAAGGGGCUGGCAAGAUACUGAGGGCCAUCAGAGCCCCUGUCAGACAUCUGAGUCCCUGCUUUCUGGCUUUUCCAGCAGUCAUUGUGCAAACAUAAAAUGCAACUCGGGUGCAGUGGCUAUCUACUCCGUCAGUUGCUCUACCACUCAAAGAGAAGGCGGAGGGGAGUAGCCAGUCUGCUCUCUGUCCCCUGAGGGAUUUACAUCCCAAGAGCCCAUUAUGAAUGCCUUUAGCCUACCCAGAGGCCAGCCUUGCUUGCAUCUCAGUGGGGGUGGCCCCGUUCUUUCCUAGACAGCACUAGUGGGCCACCACCGGUCAGACGCACUGGUGUCUGUGUACUUCGGGAAUGUUUAUCUGUGAUUUUGCACAUGCACUCUCGUGCACGUUGUGCACAUGAGCACGUGGGCAGGCCCACUCACGCGCAUGUCCAAUAGGGUUAUUCUGUAGCUUUUCCUUCAUGUCAGUAGCCCAGCGGCCUCCAAGUCCUUCCCAGUCACCUUUACUCCAAGGAGGAAAGAGAAAAUUCAUCCACGCCUACAGCGCAAGAGACGAAAGUCUCUUAUGGCUAUUGUUGAAUACGAACUAAAGGAGAAUGAGAAUGUGACAGACAGACAAACGGAACCCAGCAGGGGGAGCUCGAGGAGCAGACUGUGUUAAUAUAAAAAGUUAGAUACUUGGAAGAAAUAAAACUGCUAAUAAAAUAUUUUAUAUAAAAA